AUGGCAGAUCACAAUGAGAUUCCACCACCCGUGGUGAGGUUUGGCGACACUCUAAGAUCGGGAAUUGAGCAUCCGGGGGAGUUCGCUUAUGCAAACGACAACGUCAACAUUCCACCUCACUACAUUAGUUUGGUGAAUGGAGGAAAUCUUUUCCACGGACGGGAUGAGGAAGAUCCGGUGAGCCACCUCAAUGCCUUUUAUGAGCUGACAAACUCGCAUAGACCUCCAAAUGUGGAGCAUCAUCGGAUUAAGAGGGCCCUAUUUCCGUUCUCGUUGAGGGAGAACGCAAGAGCGUGGUAUGACUCACUCCCGGGCUACAACAUAGCAACGUUCCAAGAGUUGAAGACGUUGUUCCUCUUGGAAUACAAUUCUCCUAUGAAGAUUGAGAAGUUGAGAGAGGAUAUCACCUCUUUCCGACAGAAGUAUGACGAGUCCUUCGCGGAAGCAUGGAAGAGAUUCACGGAAUUGAUAAGGAAAUGCCCAAGUCACGGACUAGCUCCGGGGCAUGACCUUUUGAAAUUCUACAAGGGACUCAACAGUGAAGGCACGGGAUUGGUGACUGCAGGUUCGAAUGGGAACCUAGAUGAUCUAACUCACGAUGAGGUGAGGGCUUUGUUUCAAAGGCUGGUCAACAAUCAACGGAAUUGGCACAAUCCAAGGCGAGGGGCUGAUAGAGCAGGAGAUACAUUUGGUGCUACAAAGGAUGCGGAAAGAGUGACCGCAAUUGAGGCUCAACUGGCGGACAUUAGCACUCAAAUGUCGUCGAUGACAAAGGCAGUUAAAUCUCUUCAACUGUCUCCUCAACCCCAAGCUGUGACGGUGAUGAGAUGUGGGUUGUGCCAAGGUGGGCAUCAUACUGAUCAAUGCCCAAGUCUUCAAGGACCACCCGUGGAGGAUGUGAACUAUAUUGGCAACAAUCGCCAAGGGUUCAAUCAAGGCAACCAAUACAAUAAUCAGCAGAAUUGGAGGCCUCAACAAACGGGGUGGAAUCAAGCUGGUCCUAGUAACAACUCGGGUAAUCAAUGGAGGAACAACACUCAACCCCCGGGUUAUGAGAAGAGGCCAACCGUUGAGGAUCAAUUGGGACAGAUUCUCUCGUUUAUGACGAAGAGUCAAAAGGAAAAUGAGAACUUCAAAGAUAAGACUGUGGAAAAGUUUGGGCAGAUCGAUGCCACAAUGAGGAAUCUCGAGACUCAAAUUGGACAGCUUGCCACGGCAUCACACACGAGGAUUCCUAACACUAUCCCGAGUAAUACUGUACCUAAUCCGAGAGGUAAUGAACAGUGCAAAGCAGUGGUUUUGAGAAGUGGUCGUGAGUUGGAUUCGACACCAUCAAUGGACGGCCAAGGUACUUCCGGCAUCUCACACGCAGGGGCGGAUGAGACAUUCCUCGUACGCAGGGGCGGACGAGGCAUGUAA